AAUGUUUAUGAUGUGCAACUACUCUAUUAGUUGUAUUCGUGCUAUUUCUUACCUCCUUUAUGACAAUUUUUUUUAUUUUAGAGGCACUCCAGUGACUUGGAGUACAUAUUUCCUUAUAACUACCAGCUACUUCUGGUAUCUUUUCACAACAAUUUCUAUAAAUGGUGUAAUGUGUUUAUUCUCAGUAGCCGUUUUCCAAAUCUUUACAUCUUUAGUAAAAGCUACAGUUUCCUUUGGAUGAUACAGUUACUGAUAUUUACAGUGAGUUUUAUUGACUUCUCUCGUGAAUAUGGCCGAUGCAGAAAUUUUGUCAGAUAAAUACUCGGAACAACUCCUUCCUAACACUAUGGUACACCUUAUCGAAGCAGCAUUUGGAAUAUUCGGAAACUCUCUUGUUCUUUUGAUGUACACUAAAUACAUUCAGGACAAAACAGGUACCCGGUAUUUCAUUCCUAUUUUGGCUUUUAUCGAUUUUAUCGGAUGUGUUUCGAAUGUGACUCAAUUUCACCUGGACAACACCAAGCGUUACAGCUACCCUGAUGUAUACUUGUGCAAAUCUCUAUAUUUUUCAAUGAUACUGACCGGGGGAUUUUCGGCUCACCUGAUCCUUGCCAUUGCUUUACAGAGAUACCUAAUAAUUUGUCGUCCCUUUAGUCAACAGAUGUCUAGGAAAUCCUGCAGAAUCACCAUCUUGGUGAUUUUUCUGUUUUCGGUCGGUUAUGCAUCUCCCGUUUUGAAAUUUGGUGGAUUUUAUCGCACAACUGUUGAAGAUGACUCACUGAAUGUCACUCGGAACAUCUCUGUACUUGUCUGUCAUUCCGAUGACGGAACAAAUGGAACGGGUGUUAUGGUUCCCUACUUUGGGUUUUUGCUUCUUCUUUCUUUCAUCAAUAUUUUCGUCACCACCGCUUUGUACAUUCCUGUGACUAAAACUAUUUAUAGAACACUGUCGCCUACCAGACGAAACCGAACAAGUACUGUUGUGGACGUAGAUACUAAUAUCACCUCAAAAGAAACACAGAGUUCCACAGUUGAGAAAAUUGCAAUGGUAGAGUUUCCACAAAACGAUGUUAGAAGGUCCUAUUUUGCAUCCCAAAACACGUCAACGAUCGACAAAAAUCGGGAACAAAAAGCGCGCAAAAAGAUCAGUGUCAUGUUCCUCGUCAUCAUAAUUGUCUACGUAGUUUCGUAUCUGACGUCACUCAUUACUCAGGUCCACAGUUUCGCAACUAGAAUAGAACUAAAAGGGUACCAUUUAAAUAUUUAUUUUUUCUGUUUGCGUUUUAACCUUCUGAAUCACAUUGCUAAUCCCUACAUAUACUGGUUCUAUGACAUCAAAUUUAGGAAUGAACUCCAGAAAUUUUGUUGCGGUGGUAGUAUCAGACGAUACUCAUUUUCGGUAUGAAAUGUCACAAAUAAA